CUAUUUAGAUGUGGAUAGUCCCAUUUGAGACUCUAAACUUAUGAUCAUUAAUAAAUCAUGGUUGAAACCGACUCUGAUGGAAGAGUUAAAUCAAUGGUAAAAGUUAUAGAGUUUUUUUUGUUCUCUAGUCAUUUUAUGUGAACAAGAAUUUGUGUGUUUCCAUCUUUAUAAAUCUAUCAUACAUUUAAAACUUUGUAUUAUUGUUUGGAAUUUCAUGUCCACGAUAGUUCUUCUAGAGUAAAACCAUAAAGGCAUAUUCCUUUGUAGACUUGCAAACAAAGAAGCAUAUUCUGGUCAACCACACAUAUUAACCAAAAUAUAAAAUUAAGUUAACGUGUAUAUAAAUUCUCAUUUCACAUGGUAUAUUUUUGUGAAUAUACACUCAAUUUGCUGGAUUUUAAACAAGUAGCCGACUUUUUUUAUUUUCUCGGGGAUAACUUAUAGUACAAUAAAAACUCUAUAAAAGUACUAAGAAAAAAAUGUAAUUAAAUAAAGUCUUUGGAAACAGAAUUUAUAAGAUAGUUCUGGAUAAAUUACAUUUUUCUACUUCCUUAAAAAUAUUAAAAUAGAAGUAGAAACGUUGGUUGUUGCCGAAGCAAAAGCGAGAAAACAAACGAAAUAAAUAUUUUGAGGAAGAAUAAGAAAAGAGAACCUGAGGAUUUGAACGGUAGCUGUACGCGAGAUUUUUCCACGUCUUAUGGUAGAAGAGGAACCGUUGGUUGUCGUGUCUUCUUGUCGGCUUUACGUGAACGGUAGAAGUAGAACCGUUGGUUGUCGUGAUUGAUUUAAAGCCCUAAUGAGAUCCAUCGAUCAUCGUCUAAUGGAGGAAUCAGCUGAUACGUCUUCCUCUUCCUCUUCCCAUUAUUUCUCUAUUUUCACGAAUUAUCCUCUGAUCUCCGCCGUCUUAGCUUUUACCAUCGCACAAGUCAUCAAGUUCUUUACCACCUGGUAUAAGGAAAAGAGAUGGGAUCUGAAACGCCUUGUUGGGUCAGGAGGGAUGCCUUCUUCACAUUCGGCAACAGUCACAGCUCUAGCUAUGGCUGUUGGUUUACAAGAAGGCUUUGGAGGAUCUCAUUUCGCUAUCGCUUUCAUUCUCACUUCCAUUGUGAUGUAUGAUGCAACUGGUGUAAGAUUACAUGCUGGACGCCAAGCCGAGGUUCUCAAUCAGAUUGUGUAUGAACUUCCAGCAGAGCAUCCCCUCGCUGAAAGCAUGCCACUGCGUGAACUUCUCGGUCAUACUCCUCCACAGGUCAUUGCGGGUGGAGUGCUUGGAACUGCCACAGCAGUUUUUGGAUACUUUGUCACCUUGAUAGUCAAGUAGCUAUUUAAGGUGCAGUAAAAGCUCGCAUUUUCUAUUCCAAUAUCGUGUGUGGGUGCCACUGGUGCAUAGCUGAAACAGCCAUAUUUGUGUUUUUGCUAGUUAGCAUUUAUCUUUAUCAUUGACAGCAUAGUAUAUAGGUUUGAUCAUGUAAGGAAAACAUGAAAAUGUCAUUACACAGAUUGAUGAAGUUGUAAAAAAGGAGCUUGUGCCGUGAACUACAAGUCUACAACGAACAUGAUCUAUUUGGACGUAGCAGAAGCCAUACUUUGAUAAUCAGCUUUAUGAAAAGUUCUAUCUCUCU